AUGCCACGACUGCUAGCUCGACGCUGCAUGGCUGCAGGCUCAAGGACUUGCCUUGUGCCUGUAGCGGUUCUGCUGAGCCUGCUGCCAACUGCAUCUGUGGUUGCUUCAUCGACUGUGAAGCCUUUCCAAUCAGGGGAUGAGUUUCAGGAGGGCGAUGCGCGCGUGCCACAUUAUAAUUCAUAUCAUGUGGUUGAGGACAUAGAGGGCAUUGAUGGGCAGGUGAGUGCAGAGUGGUUGGACCUCCAUGCUCAUCUCCCACUCCUCAAACUGGCUCUACCAGCCACUUACAUGAGCACCUUGACGGACGUCAACGUGCCUAAGUACGCAGGCAAAGUUGAGUCGCAGAACUUGGGUGUCGUCGACCAGCUGAAAGAUGGAAUUCGUCUCAUUGAUGUCCGGCUGUGGAGGGACGAAAGAGUUGCAGACCCAUUAUCAGGGUGGUUUACAGAGGUGCCAUGGCGGCUGUUUGAAGACGCUGAGCUUCUAAAAAGCCUCGCAAACAGGAAGAAUUUAGGAACUCUCUCAGCGGCUGAGGAGGAGGCUUUGAACGUUCACAGUCGGACGGAUCUGGUGGAGGGUCUAUUCAAGCCAGUUUUGCAAUUUCUACGCAAGUCAAAGACAGAAAUUGCAGUGGUUGUCUUCUCGGCAGUCAACGGGAACACGCACACCAAACGCAAUGCAAUCGCGAAGGGUUCAGAUCUCGCAGACUCUCUUGCCCAUGCAGAGAAACAGCUAGAGUCAUUUUUGCAAAGCGGAGGACCUUACAGCGACAACGAGCAUGAUGUGGAGCCCCAGAACCCACCCGCAGCUCCCAGUGUAGUGCGGGUUGGGCCGCAUUCGGCUUAUUACAGUCCAUUGCUGGAUAGUUUUGUUAAAAAGAGCGUUACAUUUAACCAUUUUGCGGAGAUCACGGAGCUAAUCGACAAGUUCUGGGGUGCUCUGCUGCCUCGCCAUUCGGAUGCAUUUGUGGGAGCGGACGAGCAAAUUCACCCCAUGCGGGAUAGUCAAAAGGACCCAGAAGGUUUCAGACAAUGGCAGCGAAGCCAAGGUGCAGCAUUUCUUGCGAAGCCUGUUUCCGAAUUGCGCGAUGCGAAAGUGCGGCUUCUGUUGCUAGUAGACGACCCGCUGCUUGCGUGGUUCAUUACAACGCAGUCGCAGCACCAGGUGAUGGCAUUCGUGAAAGCGGAUCAUAUGUAUGAUGUUUCCUACAAGUCCGAGUCGCAUUUUGCGCCAUGCGCUUCACCGCAUACCGCUCGAAACGGAAAGCCUUCAACCAGCCGCGUCAGCAGUUGGCCAGUCUGCCGGAGUUUGUGCAACACGGUAGGGCCGAAGGAGUGUUCGGCAUGGUCAUGGAAGCCCGACGAAUCCUCCCAGAGCUUAGAGUCUGUACACAGCCGUCGUGAAGGCGACUUGGGUAGCUUGUGGGACGAGAGGGCGGAUGAGGAGCUAGGAAAAUGCGAGCUGUUUACAACGCCGCUCGUUGAACUAUCUUUUGAAGCUAUUACUCAGGGAGCAGAUUGUCCCAAUGAAGACCUGAUGACCUCUGAGCUUCCGUGGGAUACUAUGUCGGUUGUGGGUGACCUACUGCUUUCAGUUCUUCCACUUGUACAUGUGGAGGCACCUCCAAGUGUUCGCCGACAUAGCAUGCGAAAAAUGACAAACGUAAAGUUUGGGUUUGACUCGCGAGUCUGCAUGCUCACAACAGGAUCCCCGAGCGGCCACGAGAUGAAGUAUGGCAUUUCGCAGAAACUGAUUCGCGUCAUUUUUGCUCCGCCAACACCGCAGAUCCGCAUAGAGGCAUCGCAAAGACCGGCUUAUAGCCAGAGAAGCGAUGUGGUGAGAAGAUUCAAUUCUGCGCUGGCAGACUAUGUACUUCUUCUCCUGUCGAGGUACCGUAUCCUCGAAAGAGAUCUAGUUGUGAGCAGGCCCAUUAACGCUAUUCAAAUUUCCAAGUAUCACAGUGUCAGAAGCCGCCUGGAGCCAUUUGCGGCUGCGACCUUCUUUGAGCACAUAGCAAUUUUGAACCCUUCUGGAUUGAUCGGCGCCAACCUGAUGGCGUUUCCGGAGGGUGGCUAUGGAUUUCCGUGGACGGAUCCAGCAGCCGAGACAACUACUAAAGCUGUGGAGCCACCGCAGAGCGGGCCCUACGUGACGAUGUGGUUGUGCUUCAUCGGGAUAAUUACUGCAGUAUCUGUUUGCGUUUUCAUCGCCACGCUUUGGUGCCCCUGCCAUUUAGCCGGCUUCUUGCGGAAGGUCUGCCGUCGGCGUGCGACAGCGGCUGGCCCAUCAGCAGGUUCAGGUGGCGUGGUCAGUUUAUCGAAUGUUAACUCUUCUGGAGCCGCUGCGUGA